AUGAGUUUGUCACAAGAGGAACAUAUUAGAAACUGGUUGGAGGAAGAGUCAGAUGAAUAUGUAAUUGGUGGGAAAGAUAAUGAAGAAGGUGGUGACGAAAUAGAGCCUCAAAUAAUAAUGCGCUUUAUAACAACUCAUGUUCAAGAAAUAGAGGAAGAUGAAGAAGAACCGCAACCGAAGAAGAGACGCUGUGUACACUGCUCUCGCUAA